AUGGCGUCCAAAUUGCGCACGCUAGCAUUGGGGUCGAAGCCUCACGUCAACAUCAUCCUGAACGAAGAACGCUCAUCAUACUCGACCUUGGAUAAGCUUUCUGGCAAAGUCGAGAUCGCCGUCCCUCACAGCACAAGAUUCGAUGAAGUUGGAAUUCAAUUUAUCGGUACAACCAAGACAUUCUUGGACAAGAUGCCAUCUACACCUGGCUUGGCUGGUGGACAGUCUGCCUUCCAUCAAUUCCUAAAACUCCGACAGCCCAUCUCAGAGUCAAGCUAUCCCCAACCGAGAGUAUUCGAGCCAGGACGAACAUACGAAUUCCCCUUUGUCUUUGUUGUCCCUCAACAAUUGCUUCCUCGUGUUUGCAAACACGAAGUGCAUCACGAAUCGAUCCGUGAUUGUCAUCUACAGCUACCACCAAGCUUGGGCACAGUAACACCCCACGACGACAUGGGUCCGGACAUGGCCAAGAUUCAGUAUCAGAUUGCUGCUCGUAUCACCACGUCCAGCGAAAUCGACGGCACACCUAAGCCCCUGGCAACAAGGAUGAAGACAAUCCGCAUCGUCCCCACUGUGAAUGAGCAGCCGCCAGUCAAUGUCGUUGGCGACAGCGAUUACAUCUUGAGGUCUGAAAAAUCCAUCAAGAAGGGUAUGUUCAAAGGCAAACUCGGUACUCUAGUCAUCGAAGCAGAACAACCAAAGUCACUUCGACUCCCAAACCCUUACAACCCUGAAGAAACAACUAUUAGCACAGUAGCAAUCGUCAAAUUACGAUUCGACCCAGCUGUUGCAAACUCGCAACCACCACGUUUGGGAAGUCUAAACAGCAAGCUCAAGACAACAACCUGGUAUGCUACUGGUGCACGUGUGGACUUUCCCACAAGGAAAGACUGCUUUUACGACCAUAGACAAGGCUUGCAUUCAGUAAGCAUCGGACUGUCUUCACGCUGCAUGGGAAAUGUCGAGUGGGUCUCACGAACAGAGUCUGCAUCCGCCGAGGAACAACUUGCCCGUCGCGACUCUGGCUUUUCACACCAAGAGGUUCCCAAAUAUCCGAGCCCUAGUACGAAAUACAAGGGUGACAAAUUCUGGACCGCGGAGAUCAUAGUGCCUGUGGCGCUGCCAAAGGACAAGCAUUUCGUGCCCACCUUUCACAGCUGUCUUACCUCGCGCACUUACUCGCUGAAUCUUUCACUCGGCAUCCACUCAGCUGGCGUCGGCUUCCCUUCUGUAGAGCUAAAGCUUCCACUCCAAAUCUCCACUGAGGGCAAGGGAGAAGUAGAUGCCAUAUCACGAACUUCGUCAGCCGUCGAAGAACGUUUGAUGGAAAUUGAACUCGAAAAUGAGCUUCUUACAGCAGAACACAGAGGCAGUUGGUCAUACGACGACCUGGAGACCCCAGAACCUACUGACUUGCCGCCUGAGUAUGAGGCAUACCGUAGGCCUAUCAUUACCGCUGCUGGAUAG